AUGGAGAAGAUCAAGCCGACAGUGGCUGUCAUAGGCGCAGGCUCAUCCGGGUUGUCUAUGCUCAAGACCCUUCGUGAAGAUGGCUUCAAGGUAACCUGUUUCGAGAGGCGCUCUCAGGUGGGCGGCCUGUGGGCGUACACAGAAGAUAAGUCGAUGACCACGGCGCUGGAAAUCACAACGGCCUCCAUUAGCAAGUACACGUGCGGCAUGUCAGACUUUCCAAUGCCUGACAAAUAUCCCCAUCACUUGGCUCAAUGGGAGUUCCAAGAGUACAUGGAAAGUUAUGCAAAGCAUUUCGACUUAUUCAGAGAUAUCGUAUUCGGUGCGACUCUGAAACGAGCGACGCGGAACGACACGGACACAAAAUGGAGAUUGGAGCUCGACAUUGACGGACAACCUCGCGUUGAGGAGUUCGACAAGGUCGCUCUUUGCCACGGCUACCAGACAGCCCCUAACAUGCCAGAGUGGGAAGGCUCGGAGAAGUUUCAAGGCACUAUGAUUCACAGUCAAGAAUAUCGAUCAGCAGAGGAUUACCAGGACAAGAAAGUAGUGGUGGUCGGCUUGGGGCCCACCGCUGCCGACGUUAUAUCGGACGUGAUCCCCGUGGCGUCCAAGGUGUAUACCUCCCACAGGCGCGGGGCGUUCAUGUUUCCCCUAUUCAGCAACGGUACCCCAGCUGACCUGCAGAUGAACUGGCGGAGGCGGCAGAUGGGCUUGUUCAUGCAGCGCAGUUUUCCUCGCCUGACCAGAUGGUUGGGCGAUUUCGCCCUGAAAACCAUGCAGCACCGGAUGUACGGAAAAUUCGAUCCGGCGUGGCGCUUGGAACCAUUCCCAUCCAUCACUCUGUCCGUCCGCGGAACCCCCGACUCGAUUCUGGGUUUUCUGAAGGAUGGCUCGUUGGAAACGCUGCACGGCAUCAAGCGCUUUACCGGGCCUCGUUCGAUCGAGUUUAGCGACGGGACGAUCCUCGAUGAUGUCGAUGCCGUCAUCUCCGCAACUGGCUACGGGGCCGACUUCUCUGCCGUACCCUUCGUAGAGACGAGCCGGCCAACUGAUUACGGCGGACCAGACCUUGUCCGGCUAUGGAUGAACCUGUUCCCGCCAAAGUAUGCCGACUCGAUGGUCUUGCUGUGCCACUCCACAUAUGGCAAGAACAAUGGAUUCUCGUUUUCUGACGUCUCUUCCAUGGCCGUGAGCAACGUCUUCCGCGGCGUGCACCCGCUACCACCCCCAGAGGAGAUGGAGAAGCAGAUAGACGAGCAUCAGGAGUGGGUGGCUUCCCGCUGGCGCCUGGACAACGCGGUGGACCCCUCCAGCGUGCGAGGGUGGGUAUUCCAGGGCUUUCUCCAUGAGGCUGCGGGUACCGGCAUGGAGAAUCUCGGCUGGGGAUGGAAAGGGUGGAAGUUCUGGCUCCGCGAUCGCCAGAUGUCGAACCUGAUGAACCACGGGGUCGAGACCGCUCAUGCUUUCCGCUACUUCGAGACCGGGAAGAGGAAGACAUGGCCCGGCGCCAGAGACGCCAUCAUCCAUGCUAAUGACGCGGUGAAGGUCUUCCCGAUCCAGACACCGCCAAUGUGA